GAGAGAGAUAUUCGGCUGGUAGAUUUCAACUAAUCCGGUCAUCAUGCCAUCAGGUGCGAAGAAGCGAAAAUCUUCCAAGAAGAAGAAGGAAUAUCAAAUUCAUUCCAACAAUCACUCUGAUUCUGCUCCUACUCACACUCAUGGUUUGUGACUCUUUGCUUUUACUGCGUGAAAAUCUUUUAAAAAUUGGCUCUUUAUUAAUCUAAUGUGUGCAAAGCAUUGUGUCGUUUCAAUGGUUUCUUAUUGUGGUCGUAUCUUGUUUUUUUUGUGAUUCUUGCAAUUUUUUGUAAGAUAUACUAUAUUCUUGAAAGUUGAGUUUGAUUAAGCAUCAUUAAUACAUCAGCUAUCUGUUUAAUGUUCCUUGUGUUUGUGCCUUGUGCAAUGAUUUGAAGUGGAUUCCUAGCGUAGUUGCUAAGCUUUGUUUGGGAGGUUUCUGAUGAUUGGUGAAAGGCUGAAUUCCAAGGAUUGUUGAGUGGAAAAAUGAUAUCUUUUCCCCUUUUCCCCUCUCAUGAUUUGUAAUUUCCUACGGAACUCACAAAGGGAUGACGAUGUGAAGCAAGACGAUGGAGAUGGGAGCAACGUUGGCGAGCUAAGGUCCCCUACAUCCGAGGACCACGAGAAGCCUACUGGCGAAGCAGAGGCCGGAGGUGCUUCUUCCAUGGAAGGAUCAAUAGUUGACAAUGGGGAGGCAGAGAAGGAGAUCAGGAUUGAGGAUGAAUCGGGUGUAAAGCAUGGCAUCGUUGCCCAAAAUGAGUCAAACAGGAAGCCGUAUGAUGGAGGCUCAUCCUCAUCCGCGAGCUGUGGCAGCAGCUCAGAUGAUGAGAGCUGUGGAAUCAAGAAAGGGCAAGCUGAGUCUAGCAUUGCUUACGGGGAAUCAUCAUUGGCAAUGGAUGAUUCUUUGUCUGGAAAGGUAGUUGAGCCUGUUUAUGAUUCUCAAGCUGCCAUCUCAGUGGCUCCUGGUGUUUUUGAGUCUACACUCGAGGGAAAUGAGGGGAAAAACCAUGGCACUGUCGAAGAAAGCACUUGCACAUCCAUGGAAGAAGCAGGUGUUGGAUCUGCUGAGAGCACUCCAAAAACAUCUGAUCCAAAGGAAUGCAAAUGCGUUACACAAGAAAAUGAUAAUAGAUCAACAUCUCCUAGAGUUGAUUUAAACGAUGGAGAAAAACGCGUUAAAGAAUCUCUAGUUACUCAGCCGUUUCAGAAGACAUCGUGGAAGAGUUGCUGUGGAUUGUUUGAAGUGUUUUCGGGGUCUGGUAACUAGUCAAAGAAUGCCAUGAUAACAUGAUUUAAGGAGUUAAGAGAUGUUUAAAUAUCGAGCUGUCAUUGCUCGUCCCGUUGCAACUGGAUGUAUGCAUCAGAUCCUGCCUGAGUUUGAUGAAUGUGUAGAAACUUAUCUCCUGUAUAUAACUUCUAGUUUCAGCUUCUGUACAAUAAAAAAUGCAUUUGAAUGUCCCUGCUAAGUUGUAGAAUCUUCCUGAAGCAGAGAAGCAGACACGAAAGGAUCGUACCUGAGAGAAGUUGUGGAAGAUAGAGAUAGAAUUUUCAUUUUAAUGUGAGUUCAUAAUCAUUUAAAUGAAAACAUUUUUCCAAUUGUGACACAAUAGUCAAACAAAAUCAAAACUUAUAUGGCAUAAAGUCAUUGUCAUUUUAAAUUUCAA